AAUGGAUUCUAGACUUUUAGUGGCAAUUAAGAGAAAUGACAUACCCACAUUUAGCCGGUUAGUCAAAAAAAACAAAGGAAUUCUUGAGCAGAGAGAAGCUGAUACUUGGAACACACCGUUACACCUUGUGUCAAAGUUUGGUCAUGCUGACAUGGUGUCUGAAAUUGUCACGUCACGCCCUGAAAUGGUUGCUGCUGAGAAUAAGGGCCUGGAGACUCCUGUUCAUGAAGCUUGUCAAAUAGGGAAUGCCGAGAUCUUGAAGCUGUUACUAAAUGCCAAUCCUGGGGCAGCUCAUAAGCUUAACACCGAAAACAAGAGUGCCCUUUUCUUGGCUUGCAGCUAUGGCCAUGUUGAUGCGGUGAAUGUCCUCCUGAAUGAGCCUGGGAUGCUGGAUUUGAUCGAAGAUGGGAUUGAUCAAACUUGCAUCCAUGCUGCUGUGUUUGGUGGACACAUAGAUGUUGUUAGAGAGUUGUUACGUGUUUGUCCUGGCCUUGCAACUAGGAUUGAUGAGAAUGGAAACUCACCAUUGCACUAUGCAUCUGAAAAAGGACACAGGGAGAUAACCUGGGCACUCUUAAGGCUCGAUCCAAAACUUGCUCAGCAAUACAAUAACAAUGGUUACACACCGUUGCACUUGGCAACGAUAAACUACAGAGCUUCAGUCAUUGAAGGAUUUGUCUUCAUGGCUCCUGCAUCUUUUCAUUUAGGCACAAAAGAUGGAGAGACAGUGUUUCACUUGGCUGUGAGAUUUGGCCUAUAUGAUGCUUUAGUUUUCUUGAUCCUUGUCUGCAAUGGCAUGAAUCUCUUUGGUUGUCGAGAUCGUGAUGGAAACACCAUCUUACAUCUUGCAGUUUCUGGAGCACAACAUCAGAUAGCAGAGUACCUCCUCAACAAAACACGAGUGGAGAUCAACUGUCGAAAUUGCAGAGGACACACAGCACUUGACAUUCUUGACCAGGCCAAGGACAGUCUAGAAAAUCGGCAUCUUGCAGCCAUUUUCAUGAAAGCAGGAGGUAAAAGGAGCACGGAGUUGUUAUCUCAAUCAGAAAAUGCAGGUAGAGUCAAUGCAGUGACUCUCCUUGACAACAUGCCAAAAAGAGCCCAAUUUGUUACAAAGCAUGAAUUGCAGUUGACCACUAAAAAUCAUGAAAUAUGUUCUUCCCCUGCAUCCAAUACCCCAUCUAGUUUUUCAUCACUCAUGUCAAGAAACUCAUCUAGUUUUCCAUCACCUCAUUCUAGUCGGUCAUCGCCUAAUCUGCCAUCACCGCAGACUAACAACUCAUCGCCUCAACAUCCAGUAAGGGGGGUGUUUGACAAUAAAUUUCAAAUGCCGGAGCCCAUGGUGUCUACCAUGGUGACACAACACAAGCCUCCUAGUGAGAAUUUUUACGAACCCCGAAGGAAGCAGCAUAAGGCACAUAGAGAGGCAUUACAAAAUGCAAGGAACACUAUAAUACUAGUUGCCAGUUUGAUCGCCACAGUUACUUUUGCCGCUGGUAUCAACCCCCCGGGUGGUGUUUAUCAGGAGGGACUAAUGAAAGGGAAGUCAAUUGCAGGCAAAACAACAGCUUUCAAGGUCUUUGCAAUAAGCAAUCAUGUUGCGCUGUUCACAUCACUCUCCAUAGUUGUUGUUGUUGUCAGUAUCAUCCCCUAUCAGAGAAAGCCAUUGACACGACUAUUGGUGGUUGCUCACAAGGUCAUGUGGGUAGCUGUUGCAUUCAUGGCAACAAGUUAUGUUACAGCAACAUGGGUGAUCUUGCCACAUAGUGAGCGUAAAGAAUUGGUGUUUGUAGCUUUAUUGGCUGUGAGCAUUGGCAGUUUGGGAACGGCUUUUAUUGGUCUUAGUGUGAUGCUAGUUAAUCACUGGCUGAGGAAAUCGAAGUGGAGAAAGGAAAGAAGAGAAAGAAGAGAAAGAGGAGAGGCUAAUGCAGACCUUGAAAUGGGAAGCCAAAAUUCAGACAUGGAGAGCACAUACGAUCAGGGAUAUCACUCAUACUGAAUGUUUUCAUCUCCCAAAGGAUUGAUGCGUAUAUCUUGGUUUCCAAGUAAGGAGGCACUUGAUUUCAGUACUAUACUAAUUUGAAAUAAUUUGAUAGAUUUAAUUUCCUUAUUCUUUAUUUGAACCGAUGGUCAUUGUGAAGCUGUGAGGCCUAGUAUGUUAUUGUUGUUGUAGUAUAUAUGACUCAUGUUGUAGUAUGUAUGAGUCAUAGUAUAAAUGUCUAUAUCAUGUAAUAAGUACUUGAGUGUAUAAACAUAGGUACUUGAGUGUAUGAAGACUUGUGUGACAUGCUUUAUACCAAGAGGCAACAAGCAUGACAGAUUUCAUCAUUGAAUGCAAGUAUGUGGAGCUGCAGCCCUCAAUCAACAAGAGAAGAUUGUUACCAAAUUGAGUUUCUCAUAGAGCUUUCACACUAGCUAUGUAUUCCUAUAAAUACAUUCCUUUGUGAGAAGAAUAAUACACAUGAAUUCUCAUUCUCUCUGAAUCGAAACUCUCUCUCUCUCUCUCUGUCAAUUUUGAUUAUCCUUAAACACGUUAUCAGCACGAAGUUGCUCUAGAAUUAGAAUCGAAAAUUGACAAGAGUAGAGUUCAUCAUCAAUCGAAGUCAUUUUUCCAAACCUACAAAAAACCUCCAAAACCUAGCUCAUAUCAACGCCAUUGAUCCCAGAAGCCCAGAACCGGCCUCAGAAUCGCCGGAACCGGCCGGAAAAGGCCUGAACCGGCCGCCGGAAUUUUUGAACAGAACCAGACCGCUGCCAAGUGCUGCCGAGCAGCUGCGCAGCAGCUGCCGAGACCCUGCGCAGCAGCUGCCGAGCGACCUGCGCAGCAGCUGCCGAGACCCUGCUCAGCAGCUGCCGAGACCCUGCUCAGCAGCUGCCGAGAAGCUGCUGCGCAGCUUCCGAGCGACCUGCGCAGCAGCUGCCGAGCGACCUGCGCAGCAGCUGCCGAGCGACCUGCGCAGCAGCUGCCGAGCGACCUGCGCAGCAGCUGCCGAGAAGCUGCGCAGCAGCUGCCGAGUCACCUGCCAAACACUUUUAAGUGAUUUUCCUGUGCAGAUCAGCCUGUUUGCACGCCCCGAAACAUCUUGAUAGGGACCUCAGAUCAAAAUCCUUCCUUCAUCAAAGUUGUUCGUCUAUGUCUCUUCUAUCUGACCUCCAAAUUGUAGCCCUGUUGGAGUAGUUUUGAGACCUGUACACCAUUCGAAGUGGGAGCUGUUCAGCACGCUCGUUCCUGUGCAGAUCAGCCUGUUUGCACACCCUGAAACAUCUUGUUCAGAACCUUUAAUCAAAAUACUUUCUUCAUCAAAGUUCUUCAUAUAUGUCUUUUCUAUCUGACUUCAAAAUUUCAGCCCUGUUGAAGUCGUUUUAAGACAUGUACACCAUUCAAAGUGGGAGCUAUUCAGUAUGAUCGUUCCUGUGCAGAUCAACCUGCUUGCACGCCGAUAAACGUCCUUUUCGGGACAUCUAAUCAAAAUCAUUUCUUCAUCAAAGUUGUUAAUCUCUGUCUCUUAUAUCUUAUCUCCAAAUUUCAGCCCUGUUGGAGCAGUUUUGAGACCUGUAUAACAUUUGAAGUGCGAUCUGUUCAGAAGCAAAUUUGCUCCGAAUUUCAACAAGAUGUCGAAUGAACCUAGACUCGAUUUUCCAAUGCUUGACUCAACAGGCUCGGAAUACCAUGGCUGGGUAACCAACGUUGAGAACCAUCUCACUACGAGAGGGAUAUUGCCCAUAAUACAGGCACCUAACCAGGGCCUUGUGUUCCAACGAACACCCACAAAGCAUGCUGCUCAAGUAAUUAUCUUGAUGUGAUACCAUAUGGAUCAAUUGAAGCAUUGGUUCAAGCAAUGCCAUGCAAGUACCCAACUAGCCGCAAGCUACAAGGAGUAUAGGCAAUUGAGAGAGCAAGAAAUCAAUCUUGCUGAAGAUGAAGAUGGUGAAGAUAUCACUCUCACCACUGAGGACUUCAAAGUUGUAAAGAGCACGAGGAUGCCGCAGACUUUGAUUAGAAUAGUCCUUUUCUAUUUUCCAAUAAAACGGCAAAUGUGCCUUAGUCAACAAAUGACAAUUGUAUUGACUCUUUCUCAUGUGGCGUACCCAAUGAAGUAUGAUGUCUAGGAAAGUAAUUGAGAUCGGGGUAUUUAAGCGAGCCUCGCUCCACCAACAUCUCUCUACUUCCCUGGUCAUAUUUCAUUGGAAUUACCAAACGGAUUGGCAAUUACAAUUUGUAUAAGUUUGAUUUUAUUUUGGAAUAGAUUUUGGAAACUUUGAUGUAA